CGGCCGCGGGGACACGGCCCGGCUCCGGGGACACGGCCCGGCUCAGGGCUUGGAGGGGGGCUUUGCCACAGGCACACCGGGAGGUACCUGGGCAUAAGGGCGGAUCCCAGCCCCGCUGCCCAGCUUCGCCCGCGUUCUCCGCCCGCCCGGGCGCGGCUGUGGGGAUGGAGGAGGGACGGCGGCGAGCGCAGCGCUGGGCUUGUGGCUCUGGGGAUCCUCGGCUCUGCCUUGGCGCUGAGGUGUGCUGACCAUGCUGCCGCUGAUCCCCGACUGAGACCCCUCUGGAGGAGCAGUUUUAGGGUUUGCUGUGCAGAUCCAUGGACCUGGACCCCCAUGCCAGCAUGCAGGUCGGGAUGAGGGUAGUCCGUGGAGUGGACUGGAAGUGGGGCAGCCAGGACAGCGGCGAGGGCAACGUGGGCACCGUGGUGGAGAUCGGCCGGACGGGCAGCCCCACCACGCCCGACAAGACCGUGGUGGUGCAGUGGGAUCAGGGCAACAGAACCAACUACCGCACGGGCUUCCAGGGGGCCUACGACCUGCUGCUCUAUGACAACGCCCAGAUCGGUGUGCGUCACCCCAACAUCAUCUGUGACUGCUGCAAGAAGCACGGGAUCCGAGGCAUGAGGUGGAAAUGCAAAAUGUGCUUUGACUACGACCUGUGCACCCAGUGCUACAUGAACAACAAACACGACCUGUCCCACUCCUUCGAGCGCUACGAGACCGCUCAUUCCCAGCCGGUCCUCGUGAGCCCUCGACAGAAUCUGACUCGCAUCACGUUAAAAGGGACUUUCCAGGGGGCUAAAGUGGUCCGUGGGCCUGACUGGGAGUGGGGUAACCAGGAUGGGGGUGAGGGUAAGACUGGCCGCGUGGUCGAUAUCCGGGGCUGGGACGUGGAGACCGGCCGCAGCGUCGCCAGCGUCACCUGGGCAGAUGGGACCACCAACGUCUACAGGGUGGGCCACAAGGGAAAAGUGGACCUCAAAUGUACCGUGGAGGCUUCUGGGGGCUUCUACUACAAGGAGCACCUCCCAAAGUUAGGGAAGCCAGCUGAGCUGCAGAGGAAGGAGAGCACAGACAGGCAUCCCUUCCAGCACGGGGACAAGGUGAAGUGCCUGCUGGACAUCGACAUCCUGCGGGAGAUGCAGGAGGGCCACGGAGGCUGGAAUCCCAAAAUGGCUGAGUUCAUUGGGCAGACAGGGACCGUGCACAGGAUCACGGACAGAGGGGACGUGAGGGUCCAGUUCAACAGUGAGACCCGCUGGACGUUCCACCCUGGAGCCCUGACCAAGCUCAACACCUUUUGGGUUGGUGAUGUGGUCCGGGUGAUAGAUGAUAUGGAAACAGUGAAGCGGUUCCAACCUGGUCAUGGGGAGUGGACAGAUGAGAUGGCACCUACCCUGGGGCACAUUGGGAAGGUGAUCAAGGUCUAUGGGGACGGAGAUCUUCGAGUGUCAGUGGGGGGACAGUCCUGGACCUUCAACCCUGCCUGCCUGACAGCCUACCAGAGGGAGGAGGAGGCCAACCUGAUGACCACGGAGAGUGCCAAGGAGCCCAAAAGUACUUUGGUGACUGUCCUGGAGAAGCUGCUGUCCCAGAGAACAGAGUCAGAGCAUGCAGGGUGCCUGGUCAUUUGUGCAGCCCUCAACAACGCGGCCAAAGUCCGGGAGCUCCUCCAGAAAUACCCAGACAAGGUGGAUGCCAAGAACCAGGGCAGGACUGCCCUGCAAAUUGCCUCUUACCAGGGGCACCUGGAGGUGGUGAAGACGCUGCUGCAGGCUCACGCCAACGUCGACCUGCGUGACGACGAGGGGGACACGGCGCUGCACUACGCAGCCUUUGGAAACCAAGCUGAGGUUGCCCGUGUGCUGCUGGCCAGGGGGGCCAGUGCAGACCUGCUGAACAAUGCCAAGUGCACAGCCCUGUACGUCGCUGUCAGCCAAGGCUUCACCGAGGUGGUGAGAGCCCUCUGUGAGCUCAACUGUGAUGUCAACCUCCCAGAUUCCCAGGGAGACACCCCCCUGCAUUAUGCCAUCACCCUGGACUACAAAGUCGUGAUUGAGAUUCUCACUGAAGUUCCCAACAUCGAUUUCACUGUCCAGAACUGUCAAGGCUUCAACCUGCUCCACUAUUCUGCCCUGAAAGGCAACAAGCUAGCCAUAAAGAAGAUUCUGGCCAGGGCUCGGCAGCUGGUGGACUCCAAGAAGGAAGAUGGAUUCACUGCCCUGCACCUUGCUGCUCUCAAUAACCACAUGGAAGUGGCUGAAAUUCUCAUCAAAGAGGGGCGCUGCGACGUGAACGUGAAGAACAGCCGGAAGCAGAGCCCGCUGCACCUGGCGGUGAUCCAGGGCCACGUGGGCAUGGUGCAGCUGCUGGUGAGCCACGGCAGCGACGUCAACGGCGAGGACGAGGACGGCGACACGGCCAUGCACAUGGCCCUGGAGCGCCAGCAGCUCAUGGCCCUGGCCCUGGAGAAGAGGGACGGUGAGAUGGGAGCCACCCUCCUGGCCAAGCUGCAGGCUUCUGGCUUCCUGGGAAAUGUGGAGCUGAACGUUGGGACUGCCAUCGCCUGCUACUUAGCACAAGAAGGAGCAGAUAUUAAUUAUGCAAAUCAUCGGGGAAAGUCUCCUUUGGACCUCAUCACAGAUGGAAGAAUCAUCCAGAUCGUCAAAGACUUCUCACAGAAAUUCAGGGAUCAGCAGGUUUCUUCUGAGAGCUCAACCAUCACCUGCAGCCUUCGCCGUGUGCACACCACGCCCAACACCAUGACCAACCUGAGUGUCUCCAGCGUGGCAGUGCCCACAGAGUGCCUGGUCUGCUCAGAGCUGGCCUUGCUCAUCCAUUUCUUCCCAUGCCAGCACAGCAUUGUGUGUGAAGAAUGCUCCAGGAGGAUGAAGAAGUGCAUCAAAUGUCAAGUGACAAUAACCAAAAAGCUGAAACAAGACAGCACGGAGGUGGAGUGCAGCCCCAGCUCGGAGUGCACGGAGCAGAGGAAGCUGAUGGAGGAGCUGCAGAGCCGCUACCGGCAGAUGGAGGAGAGGAUCACCUGCCCCAUCUGCAUCGACGACCAGAUCAAGCUGGUGUUCCAGUGCGGGCACGGCUCGUGCCCAGACUGCAGCACGGCCCUGACCGUGUGUCCCAUCUGCCGCCAGGCCAUCCGGGAGAGGAUCCACAUCUUCGUCUGAGGCUGCUGCUCCAGCCCGGCCCGGCCCGGCCCCGCCGUGCUUCCCGCCCGCCCUCCGCAGCUCCGCGCCCUCGGCAAGGGAGGGAAGCACAGAAGGGAUGUGCCAGGGGGAGGAGGAGGAGGAGGAGGAGGAAGAGGAGUACCCUCUGGGGUGUCCCAGGGAAGGGACAGCCCUUCCCUCAGCUGUGCUGCUCAUCCACCGCCACCACCGGAACGACCACGCUUCCAGAGCUGAGCUGGACAGAUCUGGGGUGUCCCAGAGCUGAGCUGGACAGAUCUGGGGUGUCCCAGAGCUGAGCUGGACAGAUCUGGGGUGUCCCAGAGCUGGACAGAUCUGGGGUGUCCCAGAGCUGAGCUGGACAGAUCUGGGGUGUCUCAGAGCUGGACAGAUCUGGGGUGUCCCAGAGCUGAGCUGGACAGAUCUGGGGUGUUCCAGAGCUGGACAAAUCCUGGGGUGUCCCAGAGCUGGGCAGAUCCUGGGAUGUUCCAGAGCUGGACAGAUCUGGGGUGUUCCAGAGCUGGACAAAUCCUGGGGUGUCCCAGAGCUGGACAGAUCUGGGGUGUCCCAGAGCUGAGCUGGACAGAUCUGGGGUGUUCCAGAGCUGGACAGAUCUGGGGUGUUCCAGAGCUGGACAGAUCCUGGGGUGUUCCAGAGCUGGACAGAUCCUGGAAUAUUCCAGAGCUGAGCAGAUCCUGGGGUGUUCCAGAGCUGGACAGAUCCUGGGGUGUCCCAGAGCUGGACAGAUCUGGGGUGUUCCAGAGCUGAGCAGAUCCCUGGAAUGUUCCAGAGGCAUCCAGGAGUGUUGCCAGCUGCCACUCAGCUCCCGAGGAGCUCCUGGGAUCAGCUCUCCCAGGUGCCAGCCCCAGGGAGGUGACGUCCCCCGGGCUCAGCAGCAGCAGGGCUGGAUGUCAGGAGAACUAAAGACAGAGCGUGUGCCUUAGAGAAAAAGUAGUGAACACUGAUUGGAGAAAAUCUGUUACAACAAAUAUUUCUGACCUCUAAGUGACACUCUUCUUCUUCUUCUUCUUCUUCUUCCAUAUUUUAUGGUUUUUUUUGGCAGAGCCGUGUGUUCAGAGACUCCUGAGCUUUCUAUCCAUAAUGCCAAAGGCAGGUGUUAAAUACUCCAAUCAAAGUGUAAAGAAGAUAAAUAGUAAAUAAUUAAGAUAUGAGGGGGAGGAGGAGGAAAAAAAAAAAAAAAAGGGAUUUCAUUUUUGUUUCUUUGUUUUGCAGCAAAACUUAAUAAAAUAAAAAUAUCUAUUUUCCUGAGCAUUAAAAAAUGAAUGUACAAACAGUA